GCGACAGCGACAGCCAAAGGCAGGAAGCAGGCAUCAAAACAAAGAAAGCAGCAGGCGAUGAGCGCCAGCAGCGGCUUGACGGAGCUCGAGCAGAAGCGCGUCAAGGAGCUGAGGGACGCCACACUCAAGUCCCGACACAGCUACCCCAUCAGCUGGUCCUUGGCCCAGCGGUUGGUGCUCGCACGCAAAGCAAACCUGCAGAAGGCCAUCGAUCUCUACGAAAACUACAUUGAUCGCUUCUCAAAGCACAACCUCCUCACCAUUGAUCCCCGCGAUCCACCCGUCUACGAACAGCUCAUCUCCGGCAAAUACUGCCUCCCGGGCACACAAGCGCUGGACGGGUCGUCGCUGCUGGUGUUUCGCGCCAACCUGCACACCGUCUCGCGCGGCCAAGAUCAUCAUCAAGCCAACCUUGCUGCAUGCUUCUUCCUUCUCACCGAAGCACAGGCAACCGUGCAAUCACAGCGGCUUGGCGUGACGAUUGUCUUUGAUAUGACCGGCGCUUCCUGGAGCAACAUCGACUACGCCCUCAUCAAGACAAUGCUCAGCUUGCUCCAGAACGCGUACCCUGGCCGUCUUGCCGGCGCAUAUGUGUUCAAGUCUCCACGAUGGAUUCGGACGAUGACGUCGCUGUUCUGGCCGUUCAUGAAAGCGAAGAUGAAGGAGCGCGUCAAGUUUGUUGAUGCGUUGGAUUCGUGUGUUGCGCACCAUCAACUCCCAGACUUUCUCGGGGGUCAGCUCGCUUACCAGCACAAGGCGAGCGUGGAUCGGCUGGUGACGCGUUUCGUAUCUGCUGUGAGCGCAGCAGCGAAGCAGCAAACGCGUGCAGCCCACAGACAACAGCCACUAUCACAACAACAACAACAGCAGCAGCAGCAGCAACAACAGUUGCAACAACGCCGACAGCAACUCCACCAACGGCAACAGCAGCACCUGCGUGGCCAAGCGAGUCAAGCACAACGACAACACCACCACCAACACCAACAGCAGCAGCAGCAGCAGCAGGAAGUCACUGGUGGCGGACUGCGCGCACGACACAAGUCAGUCGACGACGACCAACAGCAGCAGCAACAACAACAACAAUCACAAUCACACCACCAGCAGCAGCAGCAACAUGGCGGUGGUCGAUCAGAUCGGUUGAUGCGACGACAGCAGCGGCAACAGGAGGAACUGGAUGCACAGCGGCGCGCACGUAUGCAGCGAGACGAGGCAUUGAGGCAACAGCAACACGACCACCACCACCAACAACAUCACCACCAACACCAACACCACCAAAAACAUCAGCAUCAGCGAGCGGGUCGUGUGCAAUCGCCAGAACACGUUCGACCACCGUCGCAUCACGGCAGCAAACAGAACCAUGGCGCCACGCACCCACACGUCCGCCCACACCCGCGCGCACAUCCGGCCCCGCACCAGCCCCAGCACCACCCCCGUCGUCACGUCACAGCAGCUGCGAGCGGUGGUGUGGAUGGUGGUGACAGACAUCGCCAACAACAACAACAACACCAGCACCAGCAGCAGCAGCACCACCAGCACCAACAACAACAACAACAGCAACAACACCACCACCACCAGCAGCAGCAGCGCGGGCAGCAGGGUGUAGUGGCGGCGCAACAUCGUCAGCCGCACGCUGCUCACGCGCAACCAAGCAGUACACACGCAGGGCCGACACAAACACCGCGCGCACACGCACCGCAGAUGAAUGCACCGCAGCAGCAGCAGCAGCAGCAGCAGCAGCAGCAGCACAGAGGCGCUCGCCAUUCAUCGUCACCACCAUCAUCAUCAUCAUCGCUGUACAAGCCAUCGUCGCCCUACAUUGUUUCUGCGGAUCAACUGCAGCAUUUUGUCGAUCACAUGAUCCAAUCGGGCGAGGCGCUGUCCCACUUUGCAAUGCUGCAACUCGAUCAAGACAGAAUCGACUUCACCGCUGCAUCGCUUCCUGUGAAUGUGCGCAAGAAUCGAUAUGCAAACGUGCUGGCGAACGAGCACACGCGUGUUCGCCUCUCCACGCCCACGCAGGAGCCUGGCGGCGACUACAUCAACGCAAACGUCGUGGCCGGGUUUUCAGACCGGCGCCAGUUCAUUGCAACACAGGGCCCACUAAAGACGACAGCAGCGGCGUUUUGGCAGAUGGUGUGGGAGGAGCAGGCAAGCGUCGUCGCCAUGACGACCCAGGAAGUCGAGGGUGGCCGGAACAAGUGUUAUCGGUACUGGCCGAGCGAGCUCGAUUCGACGCAGACUUACGGCGACGUCGCCGUCACACUCACCGAAGUCAAACACGCAGACGAGCGGUUUGUUCAUCGACUGCUCUGUGUUCAGCACCGCAAGACGGGCAAGACGCGAUGCAUCGACCACUUGCAGUUCACGGCGUGGCCAGACCACGGCGUGCCAGAGAAUCCAGCCCCGUUUCUCGACUUUCAGUCGCGCGUGAACAAAUACGCCAGACUCGGGGCGGCCAAAGGGCCGAUUGUUGUGCACUGCAGCGCUGGCAUUGGGCGCACGGGCACGUUCAUCGCUGUUGAGAUUGCAAAGCAGCAGCUCGCAACAUACAACUGUGUGGAUGUGUAUGGGAUCAUCAAGGCGCUGCGGAGUCAGCGGGCAGGAAUGGUGCAGACACCACCGCAAUACCUCUUCUGCUUCCAGGCGCUCGCCCAUCUGCUGGCAAUGCGGAGACGUUGAUGUGACGACCACAUGUGUUGCGUCACGCGGAUGCACAUAGAACAAAGUGACACAGCAAUUCUUUCGGUGCACGUGCGUGUUUUGCAAACACACUUUCUUGGUCGCUGUUGUUAACUGCUCCCAAAUGAGCCAUUUUCGCAUUGUUUUCGUGGAUUUCAAGAAAAGAUGUCACACAAC